AUGGCAGUGGUGAGUGCACUAGCCACCAAAGUGGACAAUCUGACUGCAACAGGCUCUGGUCUUAGUACAGAGUUUGCUGCCUUCAAGAACCAGCAGCACACACCAGCGGUGCUCAACCGGGCCAAGGAGAGAGUGCCGUGUGUCAGCAUAGCCUGUGCGACCCACCCACGUAAAAGGACAAGGCCGCAGGGCAAUGUGCAACUGCUGCUGCACCCACACCGAGGAUGGAUACCCCCGUCAAGCCAGUCAAGGGAGCCACACGACAGCCCCGGAGCCUCUCAGGGAUGGCCCUGCUCCCCUGCUUCAGAGAGCAAGUCACCUGUGGCAGACUGUGAGGAGGAUGCUGCAGGUGAAUGGACACUGGUCAGCCGAAAGAAGAAGCGGUGCUACAGCCCAAUCCCAGCCCGGACUGCCAACCCCGAGCCGGACCAGGGACACUUGAAGACUGCCAGCCCCAAGCCAGACCAGGGACAUCUGAAGACUGCCAGCUCCGAGCCAGAUCAAGGACAUCUGAAGACUGCCAGCCCUGAGCCAGACCAGGGACAUCUGAUGGCAGCCAUGCAGAUGCUGAUGGAGCAGAUGUCUCGCCUGACACAGGAAGUGGAUGGCCUGAAGACACAGAUGCAAUACCAUCGCGAUGAACGGAGGUAGGGCCACGGGUGCCUGAGCAGCAGGGUUAUGCUUCCCACACCCUCAGUUGUGGUGACGGUAGUAGUCGGGGGAUGGCCACUUACAUUAAACAUGGGAUUCCAGUUAACUUCAUGGAAAUGGGGGUCACUGAGGGUAUUGAAUUUAUUACUGU